AUGGGGUAUGGGGUGAUCAGGAUGCUGGUAUGGGGUAUGAGGGUGAUCAGGAUGCUGGUAUGCGGUAUGGUGGUUGAUCAGAAUGCUGGUAUGGGGAAUGGUGGUGAUCCGAACGCUGACAUUGGGUAUGGAGUAGACAGGAUAUUGGUAUGAGGCAUUGUGGUGAUGAGGCCACUGGUAUGGUGUAUGGUGGUGAUCAGGUGCUGUUAUUGUGUAUGGCAGUUAUCAAGGUGCUGGUAUGGCAUAUGGCGGUCAACAGGGUGUUGGUAUGGGGUAUGACGGUGAUCAGGGCGUUGGUUUGG